ACCAGCUAUUUGAUAUUAGUAUCAAAAUCAAUAUGGCACCGUACAAUUUCGAAGGAGAUUUCGGUAACCUGACCGAUAAACAAAUAGAGUUCAUAAAAAAAGUGAUAGAAGAACAAGAUUUGAAAGUAAAUAAAGUAGUCUUCAAACCAGUUGGGCAAGCUGGAGACAAUUUCGUUGCGAGUGUGAUGAGAAUCAGCAUAGAAGGAGACAAUGGAAGCAUGAAGAUGGUUAUAAAAAUUGCACCGGCAGAUGAAAAGACUCGUAACACUGUUAAAGCUGAUCUAUUGUUCCAUAAUGAACAUGUCAUGUAUACUGAGGUCCUACCUAAGCUAGUGGCUUUGCAGAAAGAAGUAGGUGUACCAGAAGAAGAACAUCUAAGAUACGCAAAAUGUUACGGAUCAAUGAACGAAGCACCUUAUGAAGUGAUACUAUUAGAAGAUCUAAAUGAAUCAGAUUUUAAAAUGUUAAACAAAUUUGACUCUCUAUCAGAUGAGUGUGUCAGAAGCAUUUUAAAGAACUUUGCAAUACUGCAUUCUGUAUCUUAUGGUUUGAAAAAGAAACAACCAGAAACAUUCGAAUCUUUCAAAAGUAAAUUAAUAGAUGUUUGGACUGUAAAUUUUUCGACAAAUGAAGCUAGAUCUUAUUUUGAACUACUUGAGAGUGCAAUAUUGGCUAACCUUGAUGAAGAGGAUCACAAAACUAAAUUCAAAAGUAAUUUUAUGGAUAUACUGAAGCUGCCAAUACAGUUAGCAAAGGACAGAGAUUGUAAAUAUUCUAUAGUACAACAAGGCGAUGCUUGGACAAAUAAUAUUAUGUUUAAAUUUUCGGAGGACAAACUAGAACAGUCAGUAAUGAUUGACUACCAAGGAUCCAAGAUUAGUAAUCCAGUGGGCGACAUCCUCUACAUGAUCUUCAACUGCGCAGACCACGAGACCAGGUCUAAAUACUACUACGACUGGAUAGACUAUUACCACACCGAACUAGACAGAUGCUUAUCCUAUUAUGACCUGAAAGUAAACUAUGUCUACCCAAGAGACCGUUUAGACGCAGACUUAAGGAGAUAUGGAAAAAUCUCUUUCGGACUAUCUGCUAUGUUAACCUACGUUUUGUUGAGAGAUACGAAGGAAGCUGGAGAAAUGUUAGAAUCCUUUAAGAGUGGUGAUCCGAAUGAUGUCUUAGAGUUGAUGGGAACCCAACCAUUACAGGGCGAAACUGCUAUUCGUACGAGAAAACGGAUAGUAGGACUCAUUGACAGUUUUAGUCAAUUUGGAUUAUUAUAAAUCGAAAGCCGUAUAAAAUAUAAGUAUAGUAUAGAGGAUUAUUAUAUACCUGAAUUCUUAAGUUCUAGUUAAGAAAAAUGGCGAUAGACUUAAUUAAUGCAUUGCUCUUUGGUUUAGAUAGACAUACCUUUGACAAUAAUUAAUAGUACCUGAUGUUUACUUUUAUGUUCAAAUAAAAAGUAAAAUAAAUUA